AAAUACUAAGAACUAGUUAUGUAUCUGGGUUUAUGAGAACAGCCUAUUAGUAUUUGAUGAGGCCAAAUGUUUUGCAUAUGACCUCCUUUUUUCCCCUCAGUGAUAAGUAUUAAUGAGUGUCAGUUGUUCAUACAUUCUGUUAGAAUAUUGACGUCAUUCUAGAUCAUGUGGUAGACUGAUUAUUUUUCUCACUUUUUCAAGUAUAUAUGUCUUACUAAUACUAUACUUGGAGCCACUGAUGUACUUUUUAAAAGGACUUGUCCCCAGGAGAUGGGAAACAGCCAGUGGAUAUAAAUAGCUCUUGUUAUGUGUCCAAGGUAUAGAGUUUUAUGUAACAAUAAUGGAUGUUUAGGUGAAUGUUGGUCACUGAGAUAAUUUGUCUUCAAUCGAUCUAGUGACCUUGACCAUUGGGGAAAGAUCUCUCUGUACUCUUGUCUCUCAAUGGCAGGGAUUAUUAAAAAUUCAGAAGUACAUUCUAGGGUUUUUAAAGCAAUAAGCUAGUGCAAGAAUUGCCAAUCUCUCCAUUAGAAUCUCGUAUAUUGAGUAUUUUCCUGACCAAAAUAUUGGUCUCAAAAGAAUAAAUGUUGCACCAUGUGGAUGUUUUUGAAUCCUUUGAACUGCUCUCAAUGGCAGGUUUCUAUGUGUAUUGCAUUUAUGCUAGCCUCGAGGAGAUCACAAGGACUGCAAGGCAUAUAUGGUCUAUGAGUGCACCCCAGAGGAGCUGAAGAGCUUGCAUUGUAUUGAUUCCGUGCCAUGAUUCAGGCACAGACCUUCUUUUUUUUCUAACAUGGCAGUUUCAUUCAGAUUAUGCAUAAGAUCAUGAUGUUGGCAGAUAUUUCAUGUCGGAGUGAAAUGUCAGAACCGUACUACCUUUGAUCUUCAAGAUUAGAGGGACUCCAUGACACAAUAGUACCUGGUACAUGUUACAGAUAAUGUCACUGUUCUGUUUUUGGAAGCAGCCAUUGAUUAGAAAAACUGUGAAUAAAAAGAAUACUUGUUGUACUGAAGUGUGAAAGGUUACAUUGUCUAUUUUUUAGCGGAAGAACACACAUGAAGUGGAUAGGAAUUUUAUGUAACAAUAAGUGAUGUUUAGGUGAAUGUUUAGGCUGGCAUGGGCUAUAUCAUAAGUACUGCUUUAAGUGGGUCAUGUUGUAUGGAUUUGACUUCUCUCUCUCUCAUCCUGUAGAUAAUUAUUCUCUUGAAUGAUAAUGUCACCAACCAGGAAAGCGGAAUGUGUAAAAUUUUGGUUUCCUUCCAUCUAGAGUUAGGACACAUACACUCAUCUGCUUUGUCGCAACAUCCAUUUCAGGCUUCAAAGCAUUUAAAUAUUAAGGGGGCCAAAAAAUCAAACACGAGUUAACUUGAAUGAGAUAAGACAGCCGUGAAUGAUGAUAAGGUGAAGUUGUACUUAACCACCUGGCUUUAUGUGUACAUGGAGUGCACACAAAUUUUUAAAACAUUUUUUGAUAAAAAUAAAUCUAUAUUGCCCGAGUGUAUUUCCUGAACACUUAAUGAUUAUUGAGGAUGGCUUUGACUAUUUCUGUUUGAAUUUUCCUGGUGACAGAUUCUGUAAUUGUUCCAUGUAGGUGUGAUAAUAAAACUGCGGACGCAGUCUGAUGUGAUAUCACCGAUUUGGCAGCCAGGAAGUGAUUUUUCCUAGAGGAAAAAUGACGUCUGCCUUUGCGGAUGGCCUUAACCUUCCAUUUGCCGACUCAUAAAGAGCUGUUUUCUAUAUUUAGAGCCAUUCUUGCUUGCCUAUGAUUUAUAAUGAGGGAAAAAAUGCAUGUCAUUAGAUAAGAUUGGCGGGAUUUUUUGUCUUUGGAAAAAAAACUGAGAAGAGAAUGAGCAAACCAUUGAAACAUCUGACAGUUAUGAGGAUAUUUAAAACAUAAGAUAUAAUGCUGACCUGAUCUAAUCUGAUGGGUAACCACAUGAUCACUCCCACAGAAGAAGAUAGCCCUGAUCACAUCAAGAUGAAUCCUUCGGGGGCCCCACCCAGCUCCAAGGUGGCCACCGAUUCGUCCUGCAUCAAGGAGAAGCUGGACACAUUGAUUGAAGGCUACCUGAAAUCUCCGGACAUGAAUAAAGGAGAGAGUCAGUCGUCUAGCGACGGGAACAAUAAGCAGGGGUUCCUGAUUGACCAGAGUCUACUGAAAACGGUACAAAAUAAAGUAGAGAACAAUAACGAGAUUGUGACGAAUGGAACACGGGAGAGCGAGAAAUCGGGCUCUCCGAAAAGGGAUUCCAGUCACGGAAAUUCAUCUCCUCCAAAGACCGAGGAAAUUCAGACUAAGGCUGGGUCAUCUGCUGAUGGAGCAGGGUCCAAUGUGGCUUCGUUUGAGACUAUGAUUGAACGGGCAUUAAAGGAUUCCAUGACGAAUGUCGAGGAUAACAGUGAAAAGACACGAAUAUUAGAAAUGUGUGAAGAGGAACAUAAAGCUCUAAAGAAUAGUGAAAAGGGUGAAAGUGUCAGUGAUAAAGCUAGUGAUGACAUGAGUCUUUCCAAGAAGAAUGUGAUGUUUCUGAAGGAUCACAUUGAGCGUGUUUUAGAGAAAAACUUUCCUAAUGUCGGGAGUAAGAAGGAGGACACAAAUGAGGACUCAAAGACCUCAGUGAAAACAAAAUCCAAACCUCCAGUGGCACUUACUCCUGGACUAACGUUGGAACAACACAUGCAAAAGCUUAUCGACGAGCACCUCAGUAAAGACAGUGCAUCAUCCGACUCUCCGCCCCUCUCAAAGUUAGUAAAUUCUAGCCAGAGCUUGGGAGAUGUGAAGAAGAACACUGUGACUACAUCAAGUGGUGGGUACGACUCCACUGAAAGCUCAAAGAACAAAGUGCUCAAUGCUGUGAGUAAAGCCCCACAGACAAACAGCCAGUCACCCACUCCUACCAAGUCCAAAUGUCACAGCGUCGAGACUGUGGUGGAUCGGAUCAUCAAGAAAGCUGUAAACGAUAGCUUUCCCCCUCAGAAAUCACAGACAUACCCUAAAGACCAAAAGUGGAAGAGUUUACAAGAGGAGAUGUAUAGUGAGUGUGAACCGGAGCAGCCCCUGAAAUGUGACUCAGUGGGUUAUUCAAACAGUGUCGAGGAAAUUCGGACAGAUAGAAUGAAAAAUCAGGAAAUGAAACAUUCGUAUCAACAAAAGGUGCUAAAUUCUGGGAAAGGGAAUAAUCAUGUAGAAAUGUAUCAUGCUGCCUCACAGCCUCCAUACUUCUAUCCCCCAUAUCUGAAACCGAAUUCACAAUAUCCCACAGCCUAUAAACAAAAUACAAAAUAUGAUAACAAAUUGGAACCUUACUCAAAUUAUCUUGGAUAUCCACUUAAGAAUGGUGAGAAAAUUGGAAGACCAGUGUCAAAUAGUGAAAGUCCUCAAAGGAACAGAAUGGAUAUGAGUUCUCAUCCCUCACCUCAUCACAUGCACGACAUGCACAUGAUGCCACAGUAUCCACAAAUGGAUAAAUCUAAAUAUCCUCAUCCAACUCCUAUGCGUUAUCCAUCGAAACCUAUGGAGGAUUUAUCCCAAGGAAGCAUCCCCUCAGCCAUGGCACCAGGACCUUUACCAGCACAACGAUAUUGUCAUCCAAAUUCUCAUUUCCGGAUGCCACAGCUUUACCCCAACAACCCUCCCAUACCUUCACCAAGAGAAUAUUUCAACAACUCAACAAACACAAAAGACCAUCUCUUGGUGCCUGGUAAUAGGAACUCCAUUUCGAAGUCUCCAGUGUUGCCAAACUCCUCUCCAAAUCAUCUCCCUCCAUCAUCCCCACGAAGUCCUAGACAGGCUAGUCCUUCUGUCUACCAGCCUGUUAAACCAGAGGCCAAGCAAGUCUGGCAAAGACAAGAUCUCUCUCCAUCCAGUCAAAGUAACUCGCGAAAACGUGAAGCAUCGGGGUUGGAUUUGUCAGUAAAGCAGCCAUCUCCAUCAGGAAAUGAGGAACAGCCUCUGGACCUCACUUGUAAGAAACCCAAAACCUCCCCAUCUCAUCCAAAUCCAGCAUAUUCCUCUGGGGUGGCUUAUCCGCUGCAAAUGGAUAAACAACAUGAUAUUUCCAAAAGUAUUCACAUCAGUCAGCUACAAAACAGCAUGGACAAAUUCUGUCAGCCAGCAACCCCUGGUGUAGACAUAUCUAUGAAUAGAAUGCCACCAAACAUGAAAGUACAUGAACAUUAUCCUCCAUCUUUGAUGGCAAAUCAUCCACAGUGGUCUAAUGUUUCACGCUCUGGAAGCAAAAACAACAAUCCACCCAUGAUGCCAAAUCCUGGGCAAGAAAGACUAGAGGUUGUCAGACCCCAUCCAGUACAUCAGCAGCAUUUACCUCGAAUGCCUAUCAGGCCUCCCAUUCCUUCUCCUCAUCAUCAUCUUCCUCAAGAGGCUCCGGAAUCUCCCUCAGAUGCUACCUCCUCGGGCAUCAAGAGAUCAGCCAGUGUGUCCAGGCAUGAGCCCAUUCAGAACAUUAUCGGAAACCACUCUCCCAAUGACAUCCUAUAUCUCAUCUGUAGAUUGUGUAAUCAAACGUACGGAAGCCCUUAUGGGUUUAGAAAACAUUUUCGCAACCAGCAUGGAUUUGAACCAAGAUCAGAGCACACAAUCGUACAGACUAUAUCCGGUACGAAGGCCUUACAAUCACCUGCCAUUGGACCUCAUUUUGAGAUGCAAGGAAUGAACCAGAUGGUAGUUCCUUCUCAUCUUUCUCCAAACCCGAAGAGUAGGAGUCCAAGAGAGUACAACAUAUCCCAUAGUAGUUCAUCCAACAGCUAUGAAAGACCUCCAAGUGCCAUGAGUAUCAGACAUGGUGUUGGGAAUUAUGGUUAUUCACCUACAGGCAAUGAAAUAAGGCGGCCAGAGAGUAUGCCGAAUACCAUUCCACAAGUCACUCCAGCUAGUGAGAGCGCUGCGCUUGACCCUCAGCGUCUACUCAAACCUGAGGAAAAAUCAGAACAACAAACCAGUCCCAAGUAUUUAGAGUGCCAUGAAUGCGGACAGACAUUUCAGCUCAAUGAUUUUGGAUCUUACAAAAGACAUUGUCGUACUCAUGGAAACCCCAGGUUGGAUCCCUUCACUGGUGGGAUAACAGACAACUCUGUUCCUCUGCAUCCAUCAGAGGAACAGUACAAGACAUUAUCCAAUGGUAAAUCUAGCUGUAAGGAUGGAGAAGUUAUGAUAGAGGUUUAUGUAUGUAAGUACUGUACAUAUACAAGUAAAGUGAGCAAUAUUCUAGAGGAACACAUCUCCAGACAGCAUCCAGAUAAACCGAAGAAGCUUAUCUGUAUUCUUUGUAAUGGAAAGUUUCAUCUCUAUGAUCAGUUCAAAAUUCACAUGGAGAAAAUGCAUAAUCUGACUGCUCCCAGUUACUCCCAAUUUAAAUGUCCUGAGACUUCCAUUGAAAAGGAGGGAAAAAUUUUUGUCAAGCAAGGAAAGGAUGGGAGAAUUGAUCCAGAAUCAGCGAAUAUUCCAAGCGACCUGGAUAAGAGUUAUAAAGCUAUACCAACAUCUCAGAUCAUGAAGAUGUCUGCUGACAAUGCAGUGACAUCUGCUAGUCCUGACAGUAGCUGUGAUCCAAUUGCAUCCUCUCAGGCCGACAGCCAGACAACAGCCAGCGUCACUACUUCCCAGAGUUCUCCUUCAGAGGUGAAGUCAUCAACUCAACAGUCCCAACCACCUGUCGUCUCCAGACGAACAAGUUGUGACUCGGAAUCAGAUAAAUCCGUAGACUGCUCAGAAAUGAAAUACCUUCACAAGAAAUUCAAAAGGAAAGCUUUCUCAUCAGAGAAAAAUGAAAGUAACGAUGUUAAGAAAGUGAAAUUGUCCUCUAGUGUAGAUAGUCCCUGUUCAAAUUCUUGUACAAGUUUGGAGUCAGACUCAAACUCAGUUCAAAUGGCUGAAGACUCAGAAAAUCAAAGGACUGAUAAGUCCUUGAACAAAGGGAAGAUUGACAGUGGAAGUGGUGAGGAGCUGAAUCAGAGUGAGGCUAGACAUCAUCUUCCAUAUGUAUGGGACAGAAUUACUCGCAGUCAAGUGGGGAAGACGGUAAAACCAGCAAAAUGAAUAAAUGGUUUCUGUGUAUAAUUGUGUGCGUGUGACUUCAUGAAAUUAAAAAAAUAACUCGAACAUGCCAAGGAAAAAUUACUAACUGCUGAACAAGGUGCUACAAGGAUGUUCGGACAUUUCCAAGUUGUGAAAGGAAAGAUAACUCAGAUUUUGUGUUCAGUUUGCUCAUAGCUGCAUCCCAGUGAUUCAUCAUUCAGAGGACGGUGUGUUUGUACAAGUGUUUUUUUUUUAUUUGCUGAUCAAAGGACAUCAAUUUUUCUGUGAAAAAAAGCAACAUAAAAUUAAUUUUUUCAUUAGGGUGAAAACUGAUUGGUCACGCUUAUGUAAAUUCAGUGAAUCUGUUGUGUGACUGCAUUGUUCUUGUGUUGUGAUGUCUGGAAAUCAACUAACCCAAACAAUUUACUAGUAUAUUUUGUUAAGAGCUUUGUAACCGAUUGAACUAGCUCUAUCCAAACUACUCAAAUCAAGGAAUUAGCAGGCAAUAAACGAUGAUGGUAAUAUGAAUGCAAUAAAAAUCAAAACUUUUGUAAUUUGUAUCUUACAUCUUUAAAAGAACAUUCAUUUAAAAUUAAAUCUCCUAAUGCAAAUGUUUGGGGGGGGGGGAGGUAGGAGAGGGUUGGGGUCAAAAAUUUUAACACAAGAGUUAAGUGUUAAACAGUUGUCUUUUCCGAGGUUUAAUAAAGAUAAUUUCAUACAAUGAAAGUUUAAACUCUGAAGACACAAAUCUGUAGAUGCCAUAAUUUUUGUUGUGCUUUUAUAGCCGUCCACUAAGUUUGUCAUUCUGCAGGCAGAUUUUUUCCUCCCAGACUCUACUCCCUUUGCAUUUUUUAGCAGCUCAGCUGUUGGCUGCAGUGUUUAACACACUCAUUAUAGUUUCUUGUGUGAAUUACCGGUAAGCAUCCCACAAUGCAAUGCUGUAUUACUUGUAUUCCUCCAUUGUUAGUGGAUGAGUUUUUGUGCAUUUUAUUUCAUAGCCACCAUUUGUGAUGGUGAUUUUGACAUACAUUUAUAAAGUUUUGAGGUCUGUUGUAGAUGAUGUUUUGUUUUAACAUGCAUGUACAUCAUAACAUGUAUAUGCCAGGAAUGUUGAUUUUAUAUUAACUGAUUAGUUAGGUAUAAUGAUAGUUUAGUUAUGUCAGAAAUAUACCAAUUAAGUUUUACGAAAGCUACUGCCUUUUUGUUUUAUACCGAAUGCAUACUGUUUAGAAUCUGAAUUAAAGUUUUGAUUUUGUUAAUGUCUCUUAGCAUAAUAGGUAUGAGUGUGUGUGACCACACUGGUGUUCCAAUUCAUUGUCUGCAGUAAAAGAAAACAUCCUGUUGUCUGUUCAGCAUUUAGUGGUGUCUUUGUACCAAUACUCUAACUGAUAUCAGUGAUAUUUUUUUUUCUAUACAUCAGGGACAAAUCUUUCGUUCUGAAAACAGACCUCUAAUCAAAUGGUAGUCAUGUAUAAAAGUGCCGACAUUUGUGAUACAAAUAUCAUUUUAACAUCUUCACACUUUGUACUCGAUAUUCGAGAGGUAGUUUUUCUGUUCAAUGAAUUUGGUGUCUCUUUCCAGCCGUCAUUUGUUAAUUAUUGUGUAUUUACAAUCUAUCAUAGAUUAAUGUGUACCGGUAAAAAUCAAAGAUCAUAUUGUCAGAAACAAAACUGUACAAAGGAAAUUCUAUUUGAGGCAUUUUAGAAAUAUUUUUCAUGACAUCUUGUAGCAUUGUCUUUUUAGUUAUUAAUUACUAGUCAUGAUUAUAUUUUAAAUGAACAGAUUUUAUGUAAUUAUUUCUGUGUAGAGGUUUUCCUUGCCAAACAUAUACUGCAGAAAUGUUACCCUUUUGUUAAUAAACAUUUUAAAGAAGUAAAGUGUCAAACCUUGAAAAA